CACACCGUUUGCGCACGAAACCCCCGCACACACGCGCCGAGCAGAGAGGAGCUGAGAGGAGCAGAGAGGAGCAUCGCUGCAUCACGGAGCCAAGACUUUCCUCCAGACUUGAUUUUUUUGGAGUUCAGACGCGGUUCCUGGAAGAUUGGUUUUAAAAACUGAACUUCUCGGCUUCAGUUUUUCCACGUGUGCAGACUCCCAUCAGCUCCAGUUUUUCUUCUUCUUCUUUAUUCCAUUAAAAAAAGAAGAAAAGACUGAAAAUGAAAUGUGCAGCAUCAGGACCGUCCUCAGCCAGCUGUGACUGCAGCCUCUGCUCUUUAAAUCUUUAAAACCAGCGAGUUUUAAAGAAUCGGGGAGAUUCCAGGUCUCACCUGUAGCCCGGGGAAAAGGAGAAGUUUUUGAUUUAUUUUAAAAACCAGACUCUGAGAUUAUUAAUAUUCCAUCAAAGUGUCAGAGAGUGCAGCUCAGCCGCGGUUCAUUCAUUCUAAGAGGAGAAACAAACUCAUUUCCAGCUCAUCCAGUGCGCUUUGGCGCGCGUAAAGACGCGUUUUUACGCACGAGCAGAAAACGACUUCAAACCCACCCCAGAGACCCAAAUUUAGCCCCAAAAGUCUCCCCUGAAGAGUUCCUCAGAGACCCCCCCCUCCCCUCCAUCACCAUGCUGUUCGACAGCUUCGACCUGGUCUCGGCUCUGGCCACCCUGGCCGCCUGCCUGGUGUCCAUGGCGCUGCUGCUCGCCGUGUCCCAGCAGCUGUGGCAGCUCCGCUGGACCGCCACGCGCGACAAGAACUGCAAGCUGCCCAUGCCCAAAGGAUCCAUGGGCUUCCCUUUCAUCGGAGAGACCUGCCACUGGCUCCUGCAGGGUUCAAGUUUCCACGCGUCACGGAGGCAGAAGUACGGCAAUGUGUUCAAGACUCACCUCCUCGGACGUCCUCUGAUUCGGGUCACGGGUGCUGAGAACAUCCGUAAAGUGCUGAUGGGCGAGCACACGCUGGUGACGGUGGACUGGCCUCAGAGCACCUCCACGCUGCUCGGACCAAACUCUCUGGCCAACAGCAUCGGAGACAUCCACCGCAAGAGGAGGAAGGUUUUUGCCAAAGUGUUCAGCCACGAGGCCUUGGAGUCUUACCUCCCGAAGAUCCAGCAAGUCAUCCAGGAGAGCCUCAGAGUCUGGAGCUCCAACCCAGACCCCAUCAACGUCUACAGGGAGAGCCAGAGGUUGUCGUUCACCAUGGCUGUAAGGGUUCUGCUGGGCUUCAGGGUGUCCGAGGAGGAGAUGAGACAUCUCUUCUCCACCUUCCAGGAUUUCGUCAACAACCUCUUCAGCCUGCCCAUAGACCUGCCUUUCAGUGGCUUCAGGAAGGGAAUCCGCGCUCGAGACGUCCUCCAGAAAAGCAUAGAAAAAGCAAUUCGGGAGAAGCCGCUGUGUACACAGGGGAAAGAUUACAGCGACGCUCUGGACGUCCUGAUGGAGAGCGCCAAGGAGAACGGCACAGAGCUCACCAUGCAGGAGCUGAAGGAAUCGACCAUCGAGCUAAUCUUUGCUGCCUUCGCCACCACGGCUAGCUCGAGCACCUCCCUGAUCAUGGCUCUCCUCCGCCACCCCCACGUUCUGGAGCGUCUCAGGGAGGAGCUGAGGGCCAGAGGCCUCCUCCACAAUGGCUGCCUCUGUCCAGAAGGAGAGCUGAGGCUGGACACCAUCAUCAGUCUCAAGUACCUGGACUGCGUCAUCAAGGAGGUGCUGAGACUCUACACACCUGUCUCCGGGGCGUACCGAACGGCCAUGCAGACCUUUGAACUAGACGGAGUCCAGAUUCCAAAGGGUUGGAGUGUGAUGUACAGCAUCCGGGACACUCACGAUACAGCGGCUGUCUUCAAAGACGUGGAAGCCUUUGAUCCGGACCGCUUCAGCCAGGAGCGUAGCGAAGACAAGGAGGGGCGCUUUCACUACCUGCCCUUCGGCGGCGGCGUCCGAUCCUGUCUGGGGAAGCAGCUCGCCACCCUUUUCCUCCGCCUCCUGGCCAUCGAGCUGGCCAGCACCAGCCGCUUCGAGCUGGCCACCCGGCAGUUCCCGCGUAUAAUCACGGUUCCUGUGGUUCACCCCGUCGACGGGUUGAAAGUCAAGUUCUACGGCCUGGACUCCAACCAGAACGAGAUAAUGGCCAAGUCAGAGGAGUUGCUGGGAGCAACAGUUUGAGAGGGGGAGGACGUUGGUGAUAUUUAGGGAGAAGAUUAACGGAAAGGAAAAAUUAAUCUCAACGAUUUUUUUCUUCGUCACUUUCGCCUUGCCAGGUUGGAGCUUCUGUUCAAACUAAAAGAAGUUGACGCCUCAUUAGAUCUGAAGAUCCGGACUUUCCUCAAAGCCUGGACGAAAUUGCCAAAAAAGGUCUUAAUUAUGCUCUAUUUCAGUGUAUUUUUUAAAGAAACAUACAACCAUAAAUAUGUACAAAAAGCUAUCUAAUAUAAUUUUAAGGAGUAGUGCACAAGACUUUUGGUGAAAUGAAGUGGUGACAAAGUAAAGGUGUGGAAAUGGGCUGACAGAUGAAACAGGGUAAAGGAUGAAAGAAUAUUUUUAUUUUAACGUUUUGUUUAAUCAAAGUCCGUGAACUUUACUACAUGAGCUGAAAAUAUGAACUGAAAGUUUGUAGUUUUAAACCAAAAUUUAACUUGUCUUAAAUGGUCAGAUUAAAUGUCUGCUACUCAGUAAGGUUUAGGAAAUCAUUUCACUAAUUUUGAGAAUGACAGUUUUACAUUAAAAAGUGACUAAAGUUGAA